UUUUAAGUAUAUAAAAUGAGAAUAUAAAUGAUGUAUUAAUGGGGAAUAGAAAUUAGAACAGAGAAAUAAAAUGAUGGGCAGCCAGCCACGAUGUAACUCUAAAACGACAACGACUUCUUAAAUCUCACCCUGUGCACAGUUUUUAACACCAAGGCUCCCCUCCCUCCCUCCCUCACUUGUAUUCAGUGUUACAACAAAAAUUCAGUCAAACCGCGGCGGUUUAACUGACAAUUAUUUUUUGUAAUUAACGAACGGACAUCAUACUCCUUUCUCUUAUUUGUUUUUGUGAGAAGGAGACAUCGAAUCUAACCCUUCUGUUUCUGUGUUCCUGUUAUCUUCCUGCUGUGUUGGUGUUGAGGUUUUCAGCACAGGGAGAGAUGGAGAGGGGACUCUUCUAAGCCCAUUUCAAAACGCACGAAUCAACGAAUGAGAAGACUUUGAACUGGUAAAAGCAGUUAGAAGACUGACCUUUUAGAUAUUCCCAGAUGGCAUGGACGGAAAAAGAUGUCAGCAAUGGCCAAGAGAGAGACCCAAUUCAAGAAAAUGGAUAUUUGAAGGGAUCAAAAUCUUCUCCUGGUACCAGUGACUCUCCUGUGGCUGUCGCUUCAGCACAAAAAGAGUUUGAAGGGAAGGAUAAUCUCUCUUAUGCGAACAUUCUGCGAUCAAGGAACAAGUUUGUUGAUGCUCUUGCACUUUAUGACCUUGUUUUGGAGAAAGAUUGUCGCAAUGUUGAGGCUCACGUUGGGAAAGGAAUAUGCCUGCAGAUGCAGAAAAUGGGAAGGCUUGCCUUUGACAGUUUUGCAGAGGCCAUCAAGUUGGACCCGCACAAUGCAUGUGCUUACACACACUGUGGUAUACUGUACAAAGAUGAGGGACGCCUGGUCGAGGCUGCAGAGUCCUACCAAAAGGCGUUGAGCGCGGACCCCACAUACAAGCCAGCUGCAGAGUGCCUAGCAAUUGUUCUAACAGAUCUUGGAACCAGCUUAAAGCUUGCUGGCAAAACUCAAGAGGGAAUUCAGGAGUAUUAUGAUGCCUUAAGAAUAGAUCCUCAUUAUGCUCCAGCAUAUUACAACCUUGGUGUUGUCUACUCUGAAAUGAUGCAAUAUGAUAUGGCGCUUAGUUGCUAUGAGAAGGCUGCAUUGGAGAGGCCUUUGUACGCUGAAGCAUACUGCAAUAUGGGUGUCAUCUAUAAAAAUCGUGGUGACUUGGAGUCAGCCAUCGCAUGUUAUGAGAGGUGUCUUGCUGUGUCACCAAAUUUUGAGAUUGCAAAGAACAAUAUGGCCAUAGCCUUGACAGAUUUAGGAACAAAGGUUAAAUUAGAGGGCGACAUCAAUCAAGGUGUGGCUUAUUACAAGAAGGCUUUGUAUUAUAAUUGGCACUAUGCUGAUGCUAUGUAUAAUCUGGGGGUUGCUUAUGGUGAAAUGCUUAAAUUUGACAUGGCAAUUGUGUUCUAUGAGCUUGCUUUUCAUUUCAAUCCCCAUUGUGCUGAAGCAUGCAACAAUUUGGGAGUGAUAUACAAAGAUCGAGAAAAUCUUGAUAAAGCUGUAGAGUGUUAUCAGAUGGCUUUAUCAAUUAAACCAAACUUUUCCCAGUCAUUGAACAACCUUGGUGUUGUCUAUACUGUCCAGGGUAAGAUAGAUGCUGCUGCAAGCAUGAUUGAAAAAGCUAUUGUUGCUAAUCCAACAUAUGCUGAAGCAUAUAAUAACUUAGGGGUACUCUAUAGAGAUGCUGGCAACAUCACUCUAGCGAUUGAAGCAUACGAGCAAUGUCUCAAGAUAGACCCCGAUUCUCGUAAUGCAGGCCAGAAUCGAUUGCUUGCUAUGAACUACAUAAAUGAGGGACAUGAUGAUAAACUUUUUGAGGCACACAGGGAUUGGGGAGGACGCUUUAUGAGGUUAUUUCCUCAAUACACAUCAUGGGACAACCCAAAAGAUCCGGAGAGGCCCCUUGUGAUUGGAUACGUAUCGCCAGAUUAUUUUACUCACUCUGUGUCGUAUUUCAUUGAAGCUCCACUUGUCUAUCAUGACUAUGAAAAUUACAAGGUGGCUGUUUAUUCAGCAGUUGUGAAGGCUGAUGCAAAAACUGUUAGGUUUAGGGAGAAAGUCUUGAAAAAGGGUGGAAAAUGGAGAGAUAUCUAUGGUAUUGACGAAAAGAAGGUUGCUACCAUGGUUAGAGAAGAUAAAGUUGACAUCUUGGUAGAACUUACUGGUCACACAGCUAAUAAUAAGUUGGGAAUGAUGGCAUGCCGACCAGCCCCUGUUCAGGUGACUUGGAUUGGCUACCCAAACACAACCGGUCUGCCUGCAAUUGAUUAUAGAAUCACUGAUUCACUGGCAGACCCUCCUGGUACAAAGCAGAAGCAUGUUGAAGAGCUAGUUAGAUUACCUGAAUGCUUCCUUUGUUAUACACCUUCACCAGAGGCUGGGCCUGUUUCCUCAACUCCUGCGCUUUCCAAUGGCUUUAUUACAUUUGGUAGCUUUAAUAAUCUAGCAAAGAUAACUCCCAAAGUUUUGCAAGUUUGGGCAAGGAUACUUUGUGCUGUCCCCAACUCUCGGCUUGUAGUAAAAUGUAAGCCUUUUUGUUGUGAUAGUGUAAGGCAGAGAUUUCUUUCAACAUUGGAGCAACUGGGAUUGGAAUCACUACGUGUUGAUCUUUUGCCUCUAAUUCUUCUGAACCAUGAUCAUAUGCAAGCGUAUUCUCUUAUGGACAUCAGCUUGGAUACAUUUCCAUAUGCUGGAACAACGACAACCUGUGAAUCUUUAUUCAUGGGAGUUCCAUGUAUUACUAUGGCUGGUUCUGUACAUGCUCACAAUGUCGGUGUGAGUCUUCUCAGUAAAGUAGGCUUACCACAUCUGAUCGCUAAAAAUGAAGAUGAGUAUGUCCGGUUGGCACUGCAAUUGGCCUCUGACAUUACAGCACUCUCAAACUUGAGGAUGAGCCUUCGGGAACUAAUGUCCAGGUCCCCUGUAUGUGAUGGGCAAAACUACAUGCGUGGUCUGGAGUCAACAUUCCGGAACAUGUGGCAUAGGUACUGUAAGGGCGAUGUGCCAUCUUUAGGUCGCUUGGAAAUGCUUCAACAGCAAGAGUUAUCUGAACAACCUGAGCCUAGUGGGAGCACAUUCUUAAGUGACAGAACUUCCAGAUCUGUCAAUACUAAUGGAUUUAAUCAGACUGCAACAUCAAUUUUAAAAACCUCUAAUUGUGAAGAAAACGGAGUCCAGUUGAAUCAGGGUACUAACACAGGCAAACUGAAUUGAACUUUAGAUUUGACUGACUGGCAAUGGGAUUGUAUUCGGAUGGAUGCAGCUUACUGUAUAACCAUGGUACUUUGUAGUGUAAUAGUCUGGUGGUAACAACGCGGCGGCCAAGUUGCUAUUUGCGUAGGAUCAGAUUUUUUGGGAUAAGAAUGCUGCAAGUUCUCCACAAUUUCUAUUUUAGAUGUCCAAGCAACAUCGUGGAUUGGAAGAGCUGAAAAUUAGGUAUAUAAAUGGCAUUUUUCCCCUUAAGUAUAGGAAAUGGUUGGCAUGUAAGUUAUAGAAGGGAGUUUUUGUCCUCUCUGGUAUGGUUUGGUUCUUAGAUGUUACAGUGAAUGGUUAGAACACCACCUGAUGGGGGAAUCUCUUUGGGCUUUGUUGGGUUCCCGAAAAAAAGGAGAGGAAAAACAGAAGGCAAAGAGGCUCCCUUGAGUUGACAUUGAUUAUCAGAGUAUUGAUAUAAUGAUUCAGUUGAUUGCCUAGAUUGCAAUUUUGAUUU